AUGACAAAUAAGGAUGAUGAGAUCCAACAAUGCGACCCUCGGGCUGCCACCGUGAUGGCUAUACAUCUGGUGCAACAGGUGCUAGAUGAAGCCUAUAUCAUUGCUAAUGCAGCUCAUGAUUCUGGCGAACCAUGGCAAUACGUAUCGGGUCUAACAAAAUUAAGACGAUGCACUAUUGAUGAAACAAACGAAGAAGAUAAAGCUUUUCCAAUGUUAGCUGUCAACAUAUAUACUGACAGUAAAUUAUAUAUAACACCAAGUAAGGUUGUAACUUCGACACCACAAAAGGCAACAGGCAUUUCUGUGAGUCCAAAUGACCACACUUUGAUUGGACAAGGCGAUGAAGAAUUCAUCGGUGACACAGACGAAUCGAAGUCUACAUCCAUGUUCAUCACGCACCUUUUUGAUAUGAGUGACGUGGAACGAGACAUGAGCUUUAAUGAACCAGCAUUGGCCCAAAACGAACCAAACAAUCUAAUUAUGAUUGCUAUGAAAAAAAUUAUGGACUCAUUCGUAGACUCUGCUAUGAAUUCGGCAUUUGGUAAUGAAAAUCGUGAUACUGAUAUAAAGGAAUCUUCAGAUACGAUUACGUCCAGCUAUUCAUUUCUUGACGACGCAACUCAUGAAGAAAUAAUGCAGAAUACAAUUCGUCAUGAUGAAACAUAUUCGAAGAUGCCAGAUGUUGAUGCGACAAUAAAUAAACAAGAUUUUGCUCGAUACGAAAAGGCUUUUUUGACUUUAAAUCGUGAUUUUGAACAAUACUCGGAUGAUGACGAGGAACCAGUUCUACAGGAUCCCAAAGGACUUAAUUUACAAGAAAUAGAACUUAUGACUAGGGAUUCCUCAAAGGACACCUCACCAGUAAAAGAAGUGAAAAAUAAAGAAUUUGCUGCAGUUUCGGGUGUCUCCAGCUCAGCCCUUGGGUCUAAAAAGAGUAGCAUUGUCCGUCGCUGUAAGACUCAGGGUGCGAGACUCAUGGCUUGUCUGAGAAGUUGGUGGUGGAGACGUAAGAUACCUGGCAAGCGCAGGGAAUCUCGUGUUUCUGAUUCGCGUCGAGGUGUUUGUCCUCGGUCACCUGAGGCGAGGCGUAGAGCUGCCAGUUUGUUGGAUGAGAGACAGCUGCGGAGCCCUACUCCAACUAGAUCGGUCAUCUGGAAGUUCAAUACCAUCAAUGAAGCUCUAGUACAUUCUACGCAAUGGAAGGAAUUUAAUUCCGACAUGAAACCUAAUGAUGACUAA